CUUAUUUCCGUUAAUAAAAACCUUCUACUCAUCUCCUCUCAUAUAAAACUAGGUAGGCUCUUCCUUCUCCUUCGCCACUCUAUUCUCUCUUGAUCUUCUUCAAGAAGAAGAAAAAACUGAAAAAACAAUUUAUUUAUUUUAGGUUUUAGGGUUUUUGUUUGUAAAAAUUGUUUUAUUUUUGUUUUGUAAAAUUUAAGCAAUGGCAUCAUCAUCAUCUAGGAAAGAUUUGGAUCGGAUAAAAGGGCCAUGGAGUCCAGAAGAAGAUGAUUUGUUACAGAGAUUGGUGACAAAACAUGGAGCAAGAAAUUGGUCAUUGAUAAGCAAAUCAAUACCAGGGAGAUCAGGGAAAUCAUGUAGGCUAAGAUGGUGUAAUCAAUUAUCACCACAAGUAGAACAUCGUGCUUUCAGUAGUGAAGAAGAUGAAAAGAUUAUUCAAGCUCAUGCGAAGUUUGGGAAUAAAUGGGCGACAAUAGCUAGAUUGUUAUCAGGAAGAACUGAUAAUGCUAUUAAGAAUCAUUGGAAUUCGACUUUGAAAAGAAAAUGUUGUUCGAUUUCAUCGGAUAAUGAAGAUCAAGAGCCUCAGGAACAGCCUCUGAAAAGAUCCGCUAGUGGUGGAAUUACUGGUAAAACAAUUUCUGGUAUCUAUUUUAACCCAAGUAGUCCAACUGGAUCUGAUUUCAGUGAUUCUAGUCAUCCUUUUCUUUCUUCUUCUCCCCCUCAUGUUUAUCGCCCCGUUCCUAGAACUCCUGCUGCUACUGGGGUUUUACCUACUCCAGAAAAAUCUUCUAAUAAUGAUUUGCAGACUUCUCUCAAUCUCUGUCUAUCAUUACCAGGAACAAUUACUGAUUCAUCAUCAUCUGAUGGUCCAAAUCAAAAUCAAAAUCAAAAUCAUCCUGUUAGAUCUAAUCCUGUAAUUAGAUCAUCACCUCCACCGCAAUUACAAACAUCACUACCUCAACCACUACCUCCUACUCCUGCAACUAAUACUCAGUUAUUACCACCUCUUCCACCGUUACCCCAAAUGCAACAGUUUGUACCACAACAUAUGGUUCUGAAUCAUCAGAAUCAGAAUCGACAGUUUCCUAAUUCGUUCUCAAUUCAUCCUCCUGCUGAGAAACCUUUUGUACCAUUUAGUCCUGAGUUUUUAUCUGUGAUGCAAGAUAUGAUUAAGAAUGAAGUUAGGAAUUAUAUGUCUGGACUUGAACAAGGUGGAAUCUGUUUACAAGCUGCUGAUGGGAUUCGUAGCGCUGUUGUGAAGCGUAUGGGUAUUAGUAAGAUCGAGUAGUCCAAAUGAAUCAUUGAAUCGCUGAUUUCAAGAAUCAGAAGAUGAAUUAGUUGAAGAUGGAGAAAAAGAAGAAGAAGAAGAAAAGUAGAUAGAGAUGGAUGAAGGAAGAAGUAAAAAACCGAUCUUGUUUUUUCAUUUCCUUCUGUUUUUUUAUACAAAUAAUUUUGGGCAUUGUACAGAAAAAGAAGAGAAGAUCAAGGAAGACGAAGAGAAUCACUAGUCUGAGAUCAACCGUUAUUACUAUUAUUAGGAAGAAGAAAAAAUUCAAAAAAUUCAAAAAAAUAAGAGAAGAAGUAAGAAGAAAAGAAUCGAGAACGAUUGCAAAUGAACCAAUGGAUUUUGUUCAUGAACCAUCAAAUUAGAGAAUUUCAAUUCAUUAGUUUUUGAACCCAAAGGACUGGAUUUCUUUUUCUUCUUUAGUUCAUUAAAUUUUUAGAAGAAAAAUCCUAAAAGGAAUUUCAAUUCAAGUUUAAAUUUUUGUCAGCCUUAUUUAAAUUCCUGUAUUUUUGAAUUGAGAACAAGAUGAAAAAUGGGGUAGCAAUUCAUCAUUUCUGUUUGUGGGA